UUGAACGUAGUAUCAUUCAAGGCAGUACUUCAGCUUAAGCUUGCCUAUCUGAUUUUUAACAUGGCAUACAUUUCCUGCUGUAGUAUUUAAUAGGAUUGGUAAACCGCCGACUAACGGAUGCAGCCGAAGAAAUAUUUUUAAACGUUUUAAAAGAGUUUUUAAAAGAAGAAGAGAUCAACCGUCAGUCUGCUGGAUAUCGUUUGGAACUUCAUCAUGUUACACAGAACGGACAUCCCACAGCAGUACAUCUGUAAAGAGGAGGAGGCUCUCCCUGACCAGCUGCUCUUUAACCAAGAGAGGAACUUCAAAGAGGACCCAGAGUUUCCACAGAUUAAAGAAGAACAGGAGGAACACUUUAUCCAUGAUGAGGGAGAGGAGCUUGAGCUGAAGCAAGAGACUGAAAGCUUUAACAUUAUUGUUAUUAGUUCUGAAAGUGAACAAAAACCUGACUUCCUCGCUCACAACUCUCAUGUUAUUGAGAAUGAAGAUCCUGAAUGCAGCAAUCAUGGAGACUCCUUAUCAAAACGAGUAUCAGAGCUAGCAAACAGACUUUCUAAAAAUGAAAAUGUCUGUAAUCCUGUUACAGGUAAAGAGUCUUUAAAAUGUGACUCAUGUGGUGAAACUUUUAAGGAUGAUUCAGAAUUAGAGUUUCAUCCAUGUGGCCACACAGGUCAGACGAUACAUACUUGCAAGAGUUGUGGGAAAAUCUUCAAGUACUUGUAUUUGCUGAAACUUCAUACAAGAAUCCACACAGAUGAGAAGCCAUAUUCUUGUGAAACAUGUGGAAAAGGUUUUAAAUUUGGCCAUCUAUUGAAACGCCACAUGAAAACCCACACAGACAUCCCACAGCAACAUAUUUGUAAGGAAGAGGGGGUUUUCUUUGACCAGCAGCCCUGUAAUGAGGAGAGGAACUUCAGACUGGACCUAGAGGAUCCAGAGCUUCCACUGAUUAAAGAGGAACAGGAGGGAGUCUACUUCAGUCAAGAAAGAGAGCAGCUUGAGCUGAAGAAGGAGCCUGAAAACUUUGAGUCGGCUUUUACUUGUGAGGAAAAUGACCACAGUGAAUCAGUACUAAAGGUGGUCCACCAGCUCCUUACUCACAACUCCCAUGUUACUGAGAACCACGAACAUGGAAGCAGCAAUCACAGCGACUCAACACCAGAAACAUUUCUUCAUGAAAGCUCAAGCCACUCCCUUGAAUUAUCAAAUAGUCUCUGUAAACCUGACACUGGUAAAAAUUCUUUCAAAUGUGACACAUGUGGAGAAGUUUUUGUGGGUAAGUCGGAAUUUAAGAUACAUCUUCGUGUCCACAAAGGUCAGGAGAUUUAUACUUGCAAGAUUUGUGGAAAAAUAUUCGGGCACUUGUAUUUACUGAAAAUUCAUGCGAGAGUUCACACAGGUGAGAAGCCAUAUUCUUGCAAAACAUGUGGGAAAAGAUUCCUUCACUGCAUUAACUUGAAUAGACACAUUUUAAUUCAUACAGGCGAAAAGCCUUUUGCUUGUAAAAAUUGUGGUAAAUCUUUCAGAAUUAAAUAUGAUUUGACUGUCCACAUGAGAACACACACAGGUGAGAGGCCUUACUCCUGCAGCACCUGUGGGAAACGUUUUAGGCAGUGGACAAAUUUAAACAGACACGUUCGAGCUCAUGAAACCAGAAAGGCAUAUUUAUGUAAAACAUGUGGUAAAGUCCUUUCUAAUAACUAUGUGUUGCAACGCCACAUGUUAACACACACAGGUGAGAAGCUUUACCCCUGCAGCAUCUGUGGAAAAAAUUACAGUCGAAAGGCAGCCUUGAAUAAACACACUCAAACUCAUACAGGUUAGAAGCCAUUUGUAUUGAAUUCUGUGGCAGAUUUUUCAGAGUAAAGGCCUUUACACAUCAGAUGCAUUUUAUUCAUGCAAUAUAUUCACACACAAUUACAUUUUUUCCAACAUGUAGUCAGCCAAUGCGGUCUUUCACACCAGUAACUACUGAAUAAAAGUGUGCCUUUUAUUUUUCAGAUCAUGUCUUUUUUUCAUACAGUUUCAGAGGCCAUAAAGAUGUUUUUUUUCCCAUCGUUUUUACUGCAUUUGUCUUUGAAUGUAAUUUUUAAGUUCAAGUUGUGUAAACCACUGAAACUGUUUGAUGAAUGCCAUCAUAUUCGAUAUGUUGGUGUUAUUCUUAAUAUCUAAGUUAAAAAAUGCAAUGAUUUGCAAGGAAGGCCAGUUUAGUGCACAGACUCUUGUGAGGCCACGCUGUUGUGAUAGAUGUGGUAUGUGGUUUUGCAUUGCCUUGGUGAAAUAUGCAGGGCCUUCCCUGAAAGAGAUGUUGUCUGGAUGCGAGCAAAUGUUGCUCUCAAAACCCUAUAUACUUUUCAGCAUUGAUAGUGCCUUUCCAGGAGGGUAAGCUGUCCAGGUCCUAGACAUUAAUGCAACCCCAUACCAUCAGAAAUGCAGGUUUUUGACCUGUGUGCUGGAUGUCCCUCUUCCCUUUAGUCCACAGGGCACGGCAUCUGUGGUUUCCUAAAAGAAUACUUAUACAUUUUAAUUAAUCUGAUCACAGAACAGUUUUCUGUUUUCUUUCAGUACAUUUUAAAUGAGCUUUGGCCCAGAGGAGAUGGUGGUGUUUCUGGAUCCCUUUCAUACAUGGCUUUUUCUUUGCAUGAUACAGCUUUAAGUUGCAUUUUUGGAUGGCACAGCAAUCUUUAUGGACAGACAAUGAUUUCUGGAAGUGUUCCUUAUCCCGCGCAGUGAUUCCCAGUACAUAACAAUUAUGCCUGUUUUUAAUGCCAUGCUGUCUAGGGGCCUGAAGAUCAUGGGCAUUCAAUAUUGACCUUCAACCUUGUCCCUUGCACACUAAAAUUUCUCCAGAUUCUCUGAAUCUUUUGAUGAUUUUAUGUACUGUAGAUAGCGAGAUAUUCAAAGUCUUAACAGUUUUAUAUCUAGGAACACUUUUCAGAAAUUGUCCCACAAUUUUAGGCGCAGUUUUUUUCUGGUUGGUAAACUUCUGCCUUUCUUUACUUCUGAGAGACUCUGCCUCUCUAAAAAACUCCUUCUAUACCAUGUUAUUGACCUCUUGCCAAUUAACUUACUUAGUUGCAAAAUGCUCCUCCAGCAGUUUUUCAUUAGUACCACUUACUUUUCCAGCCUUUAGUUGCCUUGUCUCUACAUUCUUGAGAUUUGUCUCAGUUUCAACAUCUUAUUUGUUCUUAAUGUUAUGUUGUGGGUUUGUAAAAUGUACAAAUCAUUGCAUUGUUUUUAUUUACAUUUUACACAGCACUCCAACUUUUUGGAAUGGGGAUUGUGUUUGAUUUUCAUAAAUAUGGCUGAAGAGUAAACACACAAAAAACAAAUUGAAGAUGUUCCAAAUUGUUCAACAAACAUAUCAGCCAGAGUAAAUGAAAUGCUCAAUGUAAUGUGGGCAGUACAUGAUGUUUUUGAUCUCAUUUUACCACUGUGGCAGAGUCGGUCGUCUCACAAUCGGAAGACAGCUCCUGCAGGCACAUGACAACGUGUCCUUGGACAACAUUUCCUGCUGUGUCAGUGGUGUGAAAUCUGUAUGGCUGCAUUUGAAUGGGACUAGCCAAUACUGAUGGCAAAUUCUCCAUAGCACCAUCAGUGUGUGAAUGUGGAGUAAAAGGAUGUGAAUGAGGAGAUGCGAUCUUGGCUGACUAGAAAAGUGCUAUACAAGCUGAAGUCUGCUUACCAUUUAGCACAAAUCUUUGUUGUAUAAUUAGAGUGUUGAGUCAUCUCUGUGAACAAACUUGUUCAUUA